UUGGUACGGCCAGUGGUGCAAGUUGAAGUUACCGUGCUGCCAAGACUGUUUUGAGUGGUGCAAAGAUCUCACUCGCUUCCUCUCAAGACAUGAUACACCUCCGGCAGGAGUGGUGUGAGCCUUGCUGUGAUCUGCUCUGAGAUGAGUGCGAGGCCGACAGGAUGAUGCUGGUACAGACCGGCCGCUCGGUGUUCCUUCUGACGUACCUUUAUCGUAUGUGGGGGAUCCAAUGGAAGCGAAUGGAAGCGAAGUGCGUGUUUUGACGUCUCGAGACUUUGAACGUUGCAGUUAAGCUCAGUGAUUCAAAUUUAUUCCGUGAUAAAUUUUCCUGGCACCUCUGCAGCCCAAGUGAAAGCCAUCUGUUGACCUGGCAGUGUUCUUUAUAUAGUUGCGUGACUUUCUUGUAAAAUUAAGACUGUAGAAAAGAACUCGCUCCAGACUCGGAGCAGGGCCGCGCCGUGAUCCCAUAAGGGUUGCUCGGGGGCUCGUAGUGUCUCGUAUCGCCGGCAGUCGCCCUCAUCGCCUCGUUGUGUCACUCUCCCGGUGCAUUCAGGAACCUUAUUGCCAUAUAGCAAACUGUGACUUCCUUAUUCCCGUUAUGGUGGAGAGAAAAUCUAUACGUACAAGUCCAUCCGAAGCAGUGUAUUGUGUGUGCCUCUGUAGUAAGCAGAUCGUAAAUGUUUGCCUCCCUCUUGUUGCGGCUGAAGUGACUCGGUGAUAACCUGCCGUGUCGGAAUUGGUGAUUCAUUUCCUUCAUUUACUCGCAAGUGACCGUCGAUCAGCAAAAUGGCAAGCGAGGCGACACUAGCGGGUGAUGAGGUCAUGGUGGUGACCAACAUUCCCGUGCAGGAUGCAGGUGCCACGCCUCCUGUCUCGUCGCCUGCCUCAUCUUCCACCGAUCUGGAGAGCAACGGUAACUCAGCGGAAGCGGAAGUCUUCGUCGAGUACGAAGUGCUAGCUGAGGCGUCACUUCGGAGGGGAUGCGAGGACGACCCUGCAAUGAUUGGUUCCCAUGGCCUGCCCCUCCUUGACUUGUCCGCUUCAACCUCUUUCACUGACAGCCCUGAUUCUCCUCCCCCCAUCCUUGGCCAGCCUCUCCUUCCUACGCCUCCCAUCAGCCCAAUAAGUAUCACCAUAGACUCGGAUGAAGAAUCGCCGUGUGCAGAUAUCGACACGCCGUUGAAGUUCGACAGUAGUGAACUGACGUGGCGUAAGUCUAAGGAUGUGCCGGGGGCGCGCCGCAUGUCUGGCGCCAUGCUGCCUCCAAACAUUGACUACCUUCAGGUCCCUCCCCACCACCGGUCUACCUUCAAGAAGAAGAAGUUAUCAUUUAGCAAAAGGAGGUCUGAUCCAGGAAUGUAUCCACCGCGCCUUCCUGAAAGACCUGAAUUGGAGGACAUCGUGAGCACCUCCCCCGAGCCCAGUCGGGAACCCUUGGAGGAUGAGAUGCCGCCUGAGGUGACGCAAGUCAAUGGCGCAAAUCAGGCGAUCGCGGCGGGUCCUGUGGUGGAGGUGGAGACGGUGCACAACCUCAGCGCUGCUAAUUGCAUCAUCAAAAUCCCGAAGAAGCAGCGGAGGCCGUCUUUUUCCAAAAUUGACAUCCCUUGUUAUCACCGUCGUCCAUCCGGCCAGGCGCUGGACGACAACUUUGAUUACACCUUCACUGUGAUGUAUGGCCGCUACACCAAGGACUUAGGGAGGUACGCGAGACAGGAAGCGUCCAGGAUCAAGAAGGAGGGCAAAGCGCCCCUCGAGUCCAGCACAUCAGGAUUGCGGCCUUACCGCGGCCCGCGUGGCCACCAAGUGCUUGGGAGCUUGGGGCCGUUGAGGCGGGCCACCUUCGCCAGAGUGGGAGAGGACUGGGUGUUCCUGGCGGUGCUGGGCAUCGUUAUGGCCAUCAUCUCCUUCAUCAUGGACUUCGGCAUUGCUAUGUGCAAUAAAGCUCGACUAUGGCUGUACAGGGACCUUGCUAGCCACACAGCCCUGCAAUACCUGGCGUGGGUGUCGCUGCCCGUCUGCCUCAUCCUCUUCUCCGCGGGUUUCGUCCACCUCCUCGCCCCUCAAGCCGUCGGCUCCGGCAUCCCCGAGAUGAAGACCAUUCUGAGGGGCGUGGUUCUGAAAGAAUAUCUUACUUUCAAAACCCUCAUAGCCAAAGUCAUUGGUCUCACCGCAACCUUAGGGUCUGGACUCCCGCUGGGGAAAGAGGGUCCCUUCGUGCACAUUGCCAGCAUCGUCGCCACGCUCCUUUCAAAAGCAGUCACGUCCUUCAAAGGAAUCUACGAGAAUGAGUCGCGAAACUCUGAAAUGUUAGCAGCGGCUUGCGCAGUGGGUGUGGCUUGCUCCUUCGCCGCACCCAUAGGAGGCGUGCUCUUCAGUAUCGAGGUCACCAGCGUGUACUUUGCGGUCAGAAAUUACUGGCGAGGUUUCUUCGCGGCAGUAUGUGGUGCUAUGAUGUUCCGGCUUCUGGCUGUCUGGUUCAACGAUGAAGAAACCUUGACCGCUCUCUUCAAGACUAACUUCAAGGUCGGAUACCCGUUCGAUCCUCAGGAGUUGUUCGUCUUUGCUCUCAUCGGCGUGAUGUGCGGGUUCCUGGGCGCCUUCUUCGUGUGGGUGCAUCGUCAGUAUGUCAUCUUCAUGCGCAGGAACAAGAGGAUGAAGGCCUUUCUUCAAAAGAGCCGCCUGUUGUAUCCUCUCCUCGUCACCUUACUUUAUGGGUCCGUGUCCUUCCCUCUCGGCCUUGGACAGUUCUGGGCUACUGAUCUCAACAACCACCAUCAAGUAGUGGAAUUAUUUAGCAAUGUGACAUGGACCAAGGAGGACCACACCGUUCAUGAAUUUGAGUUGGUUGAGAACUGGCGAACUCCCUGGACUGGCAUCUUUAUUAAUCUUUUGCUGUACAUUACCUUCACGUUUGGAGGAAGUGUUGUGGCAAGCACCCUUCCAGUUCCUUCAGGAAUUUUCAUCCCGGUAUUCAAGAUUGGAGCAGCACUGGGAAGGAUUGUAGGAGAAACAAUGGCAUCAACUUUCCCCAAUGGCUUAAGCUAUGGAGGGCACAAUCAUAUAAUCAUACCUGGUGGGUAUUCCAUAGUGGGAGCUGCUGCCUUGGCUGGAGCAGUGACCCACACCAUCUCCACGUCUGUCAUAGUGUUUGAACUCACUGGUCAGAUUACUCACAUUCUACCUGUUAUGAUUGCAGUGCUUAUAGCUAAUGGUAUUGCGCAGCUGCUUCAGCCAUCAGUUUAUGAUUCAAUCAUCCAAAUAAAAAAGCUACCAUAUCUACCAGACAUCCUCACAGCCACUUCAGGUGCCUAUAACAUCUAUGUGGAGGACUUCAUGGUGCGGGAUGUCAAGUAUAUUUGGUACGGUAUCACCUACCGACAGCUGAAAAACAUUUUGAAAGAACACAAAAAGAUCAGGUCUCUACCUCUUGUUGACUCUCCUGACUCCAUGAUCCUGCUGGGCUCCAUCCAGCGGUCUGAGCUCAUCUCAAUGUUGGAAGAACAUCUUGGGAAAGACAGACGCCUCAAAGUUAUCAACAAAUGGAAGUAUGCUGCACAAAGUAAACUCCCUCUCCUGCGGAAAACCAACUCUCUGAUUGGAGCCCUUGAAGAUGAGAACCUUCAGAAUGAAGAGAUAGAUAAGGAGGAAGAAAGAAAAAAGACUAAGCAACGACUCAUAGACAUUGCAGAGGCCAGGAAGAGGAGAUCCUCUCCCAUAUCAUCACCAGCUCUGGCUGUGGUGACUGGCACUGAUGGAGAUGAGGAGCCCUCAUUAACAAAGAAAACACAGGUUAGCAGUACUUCCACUACCACUACCACCACCACCACCACCACCACCUCCACCAAUGAUAACACUACUCACUCAUCAGCACCUUCUUCAAAUACCUAUAAUUCUAUUUCUGUCAGCAGUAGCACUGCCACUACCAUCUCUACCCCAAGCACAGUCACUCCUUUACCCUCUGUAACAAUAGGCCAACCUAUUGAUGAUGACAGAUUAAAACAAAGGAGAUCUUCAAGAUUUGAAGUCACUAAGGUAGAGACUCUAACCAAACCAAGUGAAUCAUCUGUUACUGUUCAAAUAGACCCAGUGGAGAUUCCAUCAUCAUCAGAAUCUGAUCUAGAGAGGCUGAAAGUGCCUCAGCAGAAUACACUGCCACGUAAAUCAAUUCUGAAGAAAACAAACAGCUUUAUCCUGCAUCCAGUGUCAACAUCAUCCCCCUUCACAUCUCCUCAACAUACACCAUAUGCUACUGUUCAUGCAGGGGAUUCAAAACUUCGACAAGCAUUUGAAGCUGUAUUGAGAAAGACAAGUUUAAGAAAAAUAGACGAUAAAAAUGGCAACAGCACCCAAAAUAUCAACAUGGGUAGCUCCAGAAAAGUUUCACUGCCACUGGAACGGAUGGUGGAGAUCAGCCUUGAGGAGCAGCGGCGGUGGGAGGAGGAAGAGCUGAACAAGGAAGUGGAUUUCAGCAAGUGUCACAUAGAUCCUGCACCUUUCCAACUUGUGGAAAGGACUUCUCUGCUGAAAGUUCAUUCUCUGUUCUCCAUGUUGGGCUUGAAUCAUGCAUAUGUCACAGCCAUCGGGAGAAUCAUUGGAGUUGUAGCAUUGAAAGAGCUGAGGAAAGCUAUUGAGGAAACCAAUUCUGGGGAAUUUCCAAAAACAGAGCCUGUGCCAGCGUCUACCUCAGGAGAGGGGGAAGCUGCUUCAAAACUUCUCAUGCCAGAAGCAAAGGAAUGAUGGCUAGUAGAAAUCAAUGAAAAUAAGUGUACAAGUAACAUAUAGUGGAAAUUAUCAAUUUUUUCUGGAGAAAAGCAUGUACUUAAAUUUUAAUUAUUAAAAAUAUAUAAACUUCAUAUAAAUAUAUUUAGUGAAAUCUGUUUGACCACUUUUGCAAUAUAUAUAUAUAUAUAUAUAUAUAUAUAUAUAUAUAUAUAUAUAUAUAUAUAUAUAUAUAUAUAUAUAUAUAUAUAUAUAUAUAUAUAUAUAUAUAUAUAUAUAUUAUCCUAGUGCCACAGGGAGAAAAGUAUUCAUCUUUCCAUUCAGUUAAGGUGGUGUUAGAGUGAUAAGAAAUGGUGUCAUACUCUGUACAUAUCAUAAAAGAAUGCCAUAUCAACUACCAUAGUAGUGAUAAGCUGGUUGAUUAGCAUGUGAAGCUGAGCCUAAUAGGUAUGUGUACUCAUUCAUGCAUAAACACUGUUGUUGGUGAAUGAAAUAAUGGUUGCUGAAUAUGGUUGUUCUUCUUGUUUCUGGAGGGUUUAAAGCUUUUUUGUAAAUUGUUUUUGAAGAAUUACAAUAUUGAUCUCAAAGCAAUACUUAGAUAUAGUGCAGAGUUACUUUAUUGGAAUCCUGAUAUGUGAUGUAUUAUUAACAAGGUAACAGGGAGUUAGGAUAAAAUAGCAAUUUAUGAGUAAUUAGAAAAAAACAGGCUUUUAACUUAAACAAUUUCAAACUUUGAAAACAAUUUCAGAGUUACUACUGAUGUUAUAAAAUGUAUGAAAAGUUGUAACAGUUGUCACUAAAUUUAACCUUAAUUUUGUAAUCAUAUUCUGCUUCUUUUAUAUGUUGUGGCAGUGAUUACCUCAGGGAAGUGUUGAAUUAAAGAGUGAUAUUUAUGCUUGGAUAUUCAUAACAGUUGAAAAUAUAAAUGCACACAAAAAUGCAAUAUUAGGCAACAAGCAGCUCGUUACUAAGUAUAAUGUAGCAAUCUUGUGGUGUUACACAUGAUGCUAAAUUUCCUUUGGUGUGUUAUAAUAACCCAGUAAAGAAUUUUUAAUCUGCUAACAUACACAUCCCUCUGAAAAAAUAUGGUUUUCAUGAUAAAGUUGAAUUACAAAUGUUAUUUAAGGGCACAUACUUACAAUGACCACAAACCAGCUAAAACCUGUUCAUUCCUGAUAUGUAAUCAGAGCCUAAGCAUAUUUACAAGGUUGUCAUUGAUUGGAUCAUGGCUUAAGGCCUGUCUUGUUUAUCCCAGAACUAGGUUCUCCACACUACACACUAAAAUUAUACUCUCUGUAGUUCAUAUAUGUUGCAUAAUAUUUGUUUGUUUUUCAAUGCUGGGCAGGAAAAUGAUAAAUUAAAAUUAUAAUGAAAAUAUUUCAGUGUGACUAAAAAACAGAACAAAUGCAUUUAAGCAGUUAAAAACAAAAACAAUGUUAUGAAAUGCUUCAACCACUUUUCAUGUGGUAUGUGAUAAAAAUUCUGAACAUAUUUUAAAGGCAAAAAGACAAGGUGGUGGAAAAGUUUUACUACAAGCUGUAGGCACAGGACAAGUCAUUCUUUAUUGAAAGAUGACAGUCACAAAAUACAUUACUACUGGUGUUCACUAUCUACACAACUAGCUAUAAAAACUGUCUGCUUACCUUCCUUUUUGCUGUAGUGUCCAAACUUAAUGUUAUGUGUUCAGGAGAAAUUUGUUAUUUUUUUCUCACACAAACUUAAAAACUAGCUUAGUAUAUAAGGUGGUUUAAAGGUUUAUAAUCUUAUCUUUGAACUGAAUUUAAAUUAACUUGUCCUGUCCAGUGAUGCUUGAAAAUGCUAAUACUGUAUUAUGCAAAACAAAUUAAGUAUGUACAAAAAAUUUGCAUUGUAAAGAUGACAUUUCUAGGCAAAUAGGGAGACAGGCUGCCUCAAGACAAUAUCAAAUCAGGAGCACCCUUACAAAAGCAACUUUAGCUCCAAUUGCAAGAUGGGAAUGAACAGCGCUUUCUGAAAAUAUGAAAAAAAACACUACUUAAAUGUGGGAAUGCUGCUGGAUAUCAACAUCAAUUAAUAGAUGUCAUGAAAGUAUACCUUUAACUUAUGGAAAGGAAACUGAACAGUCACUGAUUGUAAUAAUCUCUGCAAAAUGUUAAUUGCAGGACUAUUUACAGUACAAAAGUUUUCACAACAAGCGAGACUGCACUACUGCGAUAAAUUAAUAAUUAUUUCCUGGUAAUCAGGGUACUGCAAAUCAUAAUGUGUAUCCUUUCACUUUCAUGAGACUGAACAAGCUCAUCAUAAAACAUCAAUUUUAUGAAGGUUUAAGCAUGUGUACACACACACACACACACACACUCACACACUCAGCUCACAACCAAGAAGGCCCGGGUUCAAAUCCUGGGAGUGGCGAGGCAAAUGGGCGAGCUUCUUAAUUUGUAGCCCCUGUUCACCUAGCAGCAAAUAGGUAUGGGUUGUAACCUGAGGGGUUGUCCCAGUGUGUGGUGUGUAAGUGGUCUCAGUCCUACCCAAAGAUUGGUCACUAUGAGCUCUGAGCUCUUUCCGUAGGGUAAUGGAUGGCUGGGUGACCAGCAGAUGACCAUAAGUGAAUCACACACAAACACAAUGGUACCACUGGGCAGUUUUAGCACUUUUCAGUAUACAUAAAAUGGAAGUAAUCUAAUCUAAGUUGUAAUCUAUCUUGUAGAGAAGGGUCUAAAGUUUCUUCCUCUUAGAAGCCUUGGGUGCAAGAACAGACAUGAGUCACUUAAAAUACUGAAAAGGCACUACACUGAGGUCACAAAAAUAGAGCAAAUUAUAAUUGUGAUGCAAGCAAUAAGGUGACUAUAAGUCAGACUAUUAUGAAAAUAAUCAUGGUAAUGAUUAGGCUAAUACUGAAAUAAGGUAAAGUUCUAUGGUCCAAUAAAAAAAGAAAAAUGUAAAGACAUAAAAAUGUACAUAAAUAGCAACUAAAUUGAUGCAGGAGUUGGAAAACAAUGGUUAGAAGAAAUAUGUGAAAAUGUCAACACAAAAAAAAAGGAAGGUCAAUACCUUAUUACUCAGCAAACUAUUGAAAUGAAUAGGAGAAACAAAAGAUCCACAACUGCAGGGAGAAAGAUUGCAUACAUGGGAAGUUGAGAAAACAUCUUUCUAUAAGGUGAAAGGUACAAUUCUCCUCAAAAAUAAAUAUAUCUGGAAUAAGUUUGAGAAAGAGAUAAUGGAGCCAAAUACAUAAAAAAAAUUAAGAAAAACUGGAUGCAUAUUGAUAUAAAUACAAGAUCACAUGUGGAGCUCAGGGACUAUAAAUUACAAGUACACGUGGUAAAUGUGCAUGCAGGAGUGUACACAUACAUGCACACAAGUUGACAGACACACACACACACACACAUGAUGAUAGAGAGAUAACAGUAAUACAAGACCAGAAUUCAUCUUGGCUGAAAGUAACUAGUGGUGCCCCACAGGGUUCAGUGUUGGAACUGAUAAUAUUUGUAAUACGUGUGAAUGACCCUUCUCAUCAGCUAAGCUGAUGAGAAGGGUAGAAAAUGUAAUUGACUGUAUGAUACUGCAAGAUGAUUUAAAUAAGAUAAAUAAAUGGAGUAAAUCUUGGCAAAUGGAAUUCAAUUUAAGAAAAAGUAAUGGAAUUUAGUAAGAGUAAGAAAAGAAUACAAAAUCAUUAUGAGAUAGACGGUGUGAAGUUACAGAAAUCAAAAGAAGAAGUGGAUUUGGGAGUAACAGUUACUGAAAAUUUGACUCUGGGCAGACACAUUGAUAAAAUUACUGGAGAAAUGAUAAAUUUGUUAAAAAGAAUAAGAAUGGCAUUCUCAUAUUUAGAUGAAGGAAUGAUAAAAAAAAGUUGUUGAUUUCCAUGAUAAGACCAGGAUUGGAAUAUGCAGCAGUGGUGUGGUCUCCUCAUAUAAAGAGGAAUAUUAUAGAAUCAGAAAGAGUACAAAGAGCAGUCGCUAAGAUGGUUCCGGAGUUGAGUAAGUCAACCUAUGAAGAGAGAUUAAGAAUGUUGGAAAUUCCUAGCCUUGAAAAUAGGAUAGUGAGAGAGGGGAUUUAAUAAGCAUCUAUUGAAUGAUAAUUGGUAUGGAAAAUGUGGACAAAGAAUGUUUUAUGAAUUUAGACACACAGAGUACAAGGGGACACAGUAAGAAGUUGAAAGAAAGUUAACUGUAGAAAAGACAUCAAAAAGUACAGUUUUCCUCACAGAAGUGUGAACAAAUGGAAUGAACUCAGUGAAGACAUUGUCAAUGCUAUAACUGUCCGUGCUUUUAAGAUCAAACUGGAAAGAUAUAGAGACAGGAUACUAUGAGAUUACUCCCCUCCUGUAACCCACAACUAGGUAAAUACAACUAGGUGAAUACACGAACACACUACAUGAACUACAGCAGAUGAGAAGUGAAUAAGGUCAAGUUAUGAUGGGCAGGGUAUUGCACAGUUAUAAUUAAGUUGAUGAUGAAGAAUGAAGGAUUAAAGCUAAAAUAAGAUCAAAGUAAGAAAAGAAAAUGAAGAGCUGUGCAAAACAAUGAAGAGAGAAAUUAAAUAUAAGGUGAUGAAAGUUGUGUGUACCUGAGAGAAAGCAUGUUAUCAAUUAUUCUCUCAGUGCAAAACAACACAAAUAAGAUUUUACCACCUACAGCUUCCUGUCCUAGUGGUACAUGGGACAUGCUUAGAGACACAAUUAUAUAUAUAUAUAUAUAUAUAUAUAUAUAUAUAUAUAUAUAUAUAUAUAUAUAUAUAUAUAUAUAUAUAUAUAUAUAUAUAUAUAUAUAUAUAUAUAUAUAUAUAUAUAUAUAUAUAUAUAUAUAUAUAUAUAUAUAUAUAUAUAUAUAAUACAGCUUACAUCAUCAAGUAAUUCACAAAAAGAAACUUCAUUUCCAUUAGUCACUGUUCACUAUAUACUACAAAUUUGUCUUCUAUAUUUUCCCUUUCAUAUAAACAUAACAUCACUGGGUAAUAUUUCAGCAAGAGCAAUGCUCAUUUCCAAGAACAAGGAUUUCUCUUGAUAAAUUCUUACUCAUUAAAAUAAAGUAAGCCAGUAGAUGGAAAUGCUGCUAGCUCACAAUUAUGUUACCCACAUAGCAGUGCCUUUAGUGAUCAUCUAACCACAGGGAAGGUUCAUUAUAGACUUAACUUUACAUUCUAUACUUGAGAUGAUCUUGUGGUUACAAGCUGAUUAUACAAAUCCAUCUUGUAUGUAAAAAUCAGAAUUACAUAUAUCUAGCAUGAAGCUUUGUGUUGUAAGGGAUCUGUACUGUUACCCUUUAGGUUCAUUUCUUGUCUGCAGCAUACCAAGCUUGAGUAAAAUUUAGUAUGAGAUAUUCUACUCAACAGUUUCCAAUGAUCUCAUGAUAGAUAUCCUAUAUUUAUAUAUUUCAACUUUUAAUUUUAUAGAACUAUAAUCAUGAAGGUUGCAGUUAUUCAUUCACUGGCAUAUACACAAUUUGGGAAAAUCCUUGAAUUAGAAAGGAACAGCAUAAAAGUAGAUAUAGUACAGUAAAAAUGGAUGCUAUACAUUUAUGGGAGAUUUGUAACGUCUCAAAUAAAAUAUUUUUGUCAAAUCAAAUAGUCUUUUAGAUAUCUUCAGCUUUUUACUAAGGAUAAUAGAUUUAUGUAAAGUAAUAUAGGGUAAAAUUAAGUAAUACUACUUUAUGUGCAUUAUCAACUUGUUAUGGAUGAGUUAAACCAAGUCAUUAGUACAUAUAAUUAAACUUCAUCUGGCAACUGUCAAACUUAACUUAGGAUGGUAACUUAUUAUUAUGCAUCUCUUGUGUAUGUUGUUGUUAUGAACUCAUAUCUACAUGAAUUCAUAUUUAUCUCUUGUGGAACAGAUUAUCUCAAAAAUGUAUUGACUGUUGGAAAAAGAUAUUUUUGCAUUCACACACACACACACACACACACACAUACUAAGAAGGCCAUUAAAAAAUAGCAACAUUAGCUUCUCCUGUUUGAUUCUGAUUCUGAGCCUCUGAUCUAAUAUAGGUCAGUAAUUUACAUCAUCAAACUCCUGUUUGCUUCCUAAGAGCUAUUCAGUUAUACAAAAUGAGUAAUUCAUGAUAUCUAACCUGACAUAAAAGAUCAACAAUCUAUAUUAAUGACUUUUCAUGUGCAUAUAUGAUUGUGGCUUCCAGAGAGUUUUCAAUGACACUAAGAUACAAUAAAAUUGGAUGCAUGAUUGUAAAUUUGCAUCUUUUCCAAUAUUAAAUCUAGGGGACCAAAGUCCUUUUAAAUGCUCCCUUUGGAAAGAUUUGGGCUGCAAUUUUAACCCAUCUAGACCUGGAUUAUAAUGCACUUGCCAAAGUUCACUAAAUCUGAAUGCAACAACUUUGCUAUGACCUCUGACCUGACCUAGAGGAUCAAUGAUCUAUAUUAUCAACCUCUUAUUUGUACCUGUGGCUGGAUUUGAUUAAUUGAUUUAUGUAGCAGUGCUGCAACAGUGCUGUCGUAUGGUGCUGUCCUGUGGUUGGACAUUUGAGUGAACUUUCCAAUGAUACCAAAAUGAUGACUUUAUGAUCAAGACUGCAGCUGUCAUGUGCAAUUUCUAUUUUCCAGAGGUAACUUAGUCUACCUAAAUAAUAUCCCCUUCAUGGAUACUUUGCUGAAAAAAAAAAGAAAGAAAGAAAAAAUUAUCACUGGAGAAACAUACAAACUAUUAAGGUCUAAAAGCCUGGGCAUCCCUUAAGAUAUAUAAAAAUGGCCCUAACUUCUCUGGACAAGAUGACGAAUAAGUGGAUUUCACAAAUGAUUAGACAAAAAUAAUAAUAAAGUUGUCACAGAAAGAAAUUACCAUAGAAAGAUUGAAAGGACAUGAAAAACAGUAGUUUGGUGGUGACAGAUGCACCAAAUAAAAUACAUAUUGAAACUCAUAACACUAUAGGGAAAGGAGAAAGGACAGCUCUAAUCACAAUUAAUAGGACUAUGGAAGGAUGGGUGAAAAUGGAUAGAGAAAGUUUUUUUAUAUGAUACCUAAGAGAGAGAGGAUGAACCUUGGAAAAAAUUAAAAAACAACCAACUACAGGAUAAAUGAAAAACAAUCCUGGUAUUCCAUUCCCAAAGUAGAGAAAUCUGAAAGAUAAAAAUGUGUCCAUGCAAGGAAUAUUCUUGAAUUCAAAGCCAUACUGGAUAAUAAGACAUGGAAAUGGAAUGAUAGGAGCACAUUUAUUUCUCCUUUAAGACACACACACACACACACACACACACACACAGUCACUGGAGAAGCACACAUGCAAAAAAUAUGCUUUACUAGAGAAGUGUUGAUAUCCAUAGUGGACUAGAGGAGGGGAUACCAGUGAAGGGUGUACAUGAAUUGAAAGAAAACAUUAUAAAUACAAAGACAUUAAAGCACAUACUUAAUUCAGUCACCCUAUGAUAUAAAACUUGAUAAAUUAGGUCAAUGCCCAAACACACACACACACAUACACACACCACAUAGGGUAGUGGUUAGCACUCAUGGCUCACAACCAAGAAGGUCUGGGUUCAAAUCCCAGACCUGGCCAGGCAAAUGGGCAAGCCUCUUAAUGUGUAGCCCCUGUUCACCUAACAACAAGUAGGUACGGGAUGUAACCUGAGGGGUUGUGACCUUGCUGUCCCAGUGUGUGGUGUGUCAGUGGUCUCAGUCUUACCCAAAGAUAAGUCACUAUGAGCUCUGAGCUCUUUCCAUUGGGUAACAGCUGGCUGGGUGACCAUCAGAUGACCUUAGGUGAAUCACACACACAUACACACACACACACACACACACACACUAUUAACUGUAGAAGAGACAUUCAGAAGUAUAGUUUUCCUCACAGAAGUGUGAAUAAAUGGAAUGAACUCAGUGAAGACGUAAAUGCUGAAACUGUCAGUGCUUUUAAGACCAAACUAGAUAGAUAUAGAGAUGGGAUACAAUGAGAUUACUCCCCUCCCAUAAACCACAACUAGAUAAAUACAACUAGGUAAAAAUACACACACAUGCACACACACACACACACACACACACACACACAUUUAUACACACACAAAUUCUGUUAAAAUUAUUAUAAAGAGAUCCUUCAGGGAAAUACAUAUUUUAUAAAUAGUUAAUAUCCACUUCCUGAAAUUUUAAUGAAAUAUGUGAGAUUAAGAUGUGAAGGGCAGUGAUUUACUAUAUUGUCACAUUUUAGAUUGUUUUCUGUUUUCUAUGUAGAUAGCAAUGUAUAUUUGUUAAGUUUAUGCUAAUGUUGUACAGAACAAAUAUUCCAUACUAGACACCCUUUUUUAGUGUGCAGCAAUUUUUUUUUUUAUACAAUGAUAAUAUGAUGAGCCAAAAGGACUUAACAAUAGAAUGAAAAAGACAUGUAUUAUAGUAGCUUCUCUGCUACAACUAAUAAUGUAAAUAAAAUGCCCCACAAGUCAUGGCUACCAUAUCAGCUGAAUAGACUGCCACAAAACACUGUAAAAGGCAAUUGUGCAAUACUUAUUUAUAAGGAAUUGAACAUGUAUAUAUUCUGACCUGUACUGUUAAAUCAAUGGAACAGGAUAUAUUAAAAUACUGGUGAUACUAACAAGUAAAUCACAUGAGCCAAGUUAUGUGAUAGGAUAUCUAGUUUAUGAGAACAGACUGAAUAAGAACAGGGAUGUAUAAGUCAUUCACCUGAUGUGAUAAUCCCUCUUGGUUGUGCUUACUAUGUCACUACAACUAAGGCUGUAAAUAAAGAGGUCCGACAUGCUCAUUACCUUAUAUGAUUAUAUAUAUAUAUAUAUAUAUAUAUAUAUAUAUAUAUAUAUAUAUAUAUAUAUAUAUAUAUAUAUAUAUAUAUAUAUAUAUAUAUAUAUAUAUAUAUAUAUAUAUAUAACCUAAGCUUGUUUCAUUCAUACUCCAUCCAAUGUGGUGAGUAAUUUGUGAUUUAUUUAUUUAUUUUUUUCUUGAGGCAUGGAUGACAUCCUGUGUCAGUAAUCUCAAUAUAACCUUUUUCCAUGAAACAAAUGAUUGCAUGAUGACAACACAGAAUUAAAAAAAAAUUAACCUAGAUGAUGCAUAGUCCAAAUCACACCUUCUCAUGUUAUGUGGGGGCACAAUGUGCAGCAGAAUUACAGAAUGUUAUCAGUUACUUUUAUUUUUCAGUUACUUUUAUUUUUAACCUUCUUAAAAUUGGAAAGACAAUACUAGUAUCAGUCAGUUUACUGUAUGUAGCCCUUGAUCAGGAAUAAUGUAAUACUGCAAGAAAACUCACUUUAAGAAAUAUACUCUGUGGUAUUGUGGUUGAUUCACCAAACAGUUGCAAGUUCAAUCCUAGCACACGGCAGCUUCUUGAUGUAAAGACAACACUCAUAAUUCUACCUGAGCUGUAUGAUCUUAGUUACCUGCUGUGGGUUUCAGAGGCUGUGCGUCCUUGUUUUCAGGAAUAAUUCUUUAACAAUCUGUUGAUUUGAUGCUCAAAGAUUGCUGCAGACCUCCCACUAAUUUUUGUCAUCAUCCUUUAUUAACAAAAGUCAAUAAUUAAGGUCCUUCCCCUUCUACAUGUAAUGUUUAAUUCUUCACGAAGGACCGACCUCCAGCAUAAAUAUUUCAUGACAUUGCUAUGGUGUCACUCUUUAUGUUCUACCCUGUAGUUACUUUCACUUUGUUGAGAGAUGAUGUUGCCACUUCUGCCACUGACAGCAUUACUGUGAAUCCACAUGGUUACUUUUUAUCCAAAAUGAUCAAGCUAUCAUAAUGAUAUUUGGGAAAAGUGAGCCUGUCAUCACAUGUAUGAGAAAUUGUUGUACAUCAUAAGCCUAAAAAUAAGGUUACACAAUCAGUUAAUAGACACACACCUGUGGCAGUGUGUUGCCUUGCCCACCCUAAAAUGCCACCACCUGCCACCUAGGGUUCCCAGGUAAGUCUCCAAGCAGGCACCCUUCCCAUGCCACAUUCCUCCCAACAAGAAAAAGAGUAAAUUAUACGAGUACUUAAUGUAAGGUAGCGAGUGCAAAAUAAAAUACUCCAUAAACCAUU